UCUAGAAGUAGCUUCAAAGCCACACUGAGACAAACGAAUUAAACCACGAGACUUGACUCAUCUCUCCUUUUCCAAGGUCGACCUGUACUUCUUGUGUAUGUAUUGUACGAUCACAAAUACAGCUACUGUCCAAGUCCGACCCCGUCUCAGAAACUGCUCGGCCCGGAAUUUAGUGACGAAAGGACAACGACAGACGUUGUACCAUAAAUUAUAAAAAAAAUGGAGGCCGAAAUCAGAGGAUCGAUUCCGAAUAUCGACCCUAUCCUCACGGAAUACUCGGUGGGAUACCUCUCUCAUGCUUCCAGCUCAUACACCGAUGCCGAGUCCACCGGGACGUCGCCAUUAGCAGAGGCCGUUGCGUCCAUUACGGCCCUGCUCAUAUCAGCGUCUGGCGAGACAUCAACGAAGAAUGAGACACAAAUCCGCCAGCUAGUCGAGAAAUGGGCGGCGAAAUUCGGCGCCGCCAAUGCGUCAAAUGUGGACUUGAGCGGAGCGUCUGGGGCGGCCAAGAGAUUGGACCAGGCCAUCCAAGUGAGCACGCAGCGGAAUAUGUCUUCCACAUUGGGUAUUACAACCACGGGGGUGGACUUGGAGUCGGCGAAUACGAGGAAGCUUGAGUCUAAGGUCGAUCGCAAGAAGUUAGAAAAGGCUGAGAGGAAGAUUGCUGCUAAGCAGAACAAGAAGGAGUAUAAGGCGGUUGAAUAUGAGGCUUCUAAAUUGCUCAACCAGACGGAUGAUACGCAGUCCUAUGAAGAGUUCUUCAUGGCUGUUAAUCCUCUGCAGUUGGGAUCGAAUGCUAUGGGACAGGCUAAGAGCAAGGACAUUAAGCUUGAUGGUAUUGAUGUGACGAUUGGUGGAUUAAGAAUCCUGACGGAUACCAGCUUGACGUUGGCAUACGGUAGGCGUUAUGGUCUGGUUGGUCAGAACGGUAUCGGAAAAUCUACUCUUCUGAGAGCGCUGGCAAGAAGAGAACUUGCCAUUCCAGUGCAUAUUUCCAUUCUGCAUGUGGAGCAAGAGAUUUCUGGAGAUGAUACCCCUGCUAUACAGGCAGUGUUAGACGCUGAUGUGUGGAGAAAACAUCUCUUGGCUGAACAAGAAAAACUGUCCAAACAGUUGUCAACUAUGGAGGCGGAACGCUCAGCUAUGGCUGACACCUCUGUUGACGCCGCAAGGCUUGACCGCGAGCGUGAUGCCUUAGAUCAAACGCUUGGUGACGUACAAGGGAAACUUGCAGAAAUGGAGUCUGACAAGGCAGAACCUCGUGCAGCCAGUAUCUUGGCUGGUUUGGGUUUCUCACCCGAGCGCCAAAAGUUUGCUACAAAGACCUUUUCUGGAGGUUGGCGUAUGCGUCUGGCGCUGGCCAGAGCUCUUUUCUGCGAACCGGAUCUUCUACUCCUCGACGAACCGUCCAAUAUGUUGGAUGUCCCAUCUAUUACUUUCCUGUCGAAUUACCUGCAAACUUACCCCAGCACUGUUCUCGUUGUUUCUCACGACAGAGCCUUCCUAAAUGAAGUUGCCACAGACAUUAUCCACCAGCACUCGGAGCGUCUCGAUUACUACAAGGGUUCCAAUUUCGACUCCUUCUAUGCAAAUAGGGAGGAGCGUCGGAAGACAGCGAUACGCGAAUAUGAAAACCAAAUGGUUGUCAGAGCGCAUCUGCAAAAUUUCAUUGACAAGUUCCGUUAUAAUGCCGCAAAAUCGUCUGAGGCACAGUCCAGAAUCAAGAAGCUGGAGAAAAUGCCUAUUCUCGAGGCACCGGAGAAAGAGUACAGUGUCCACUUCAAGUUCCCCGAAGUUGAGAAACUUUCGCCUCCUAUUAUCCAGAUGACGAAUGUGAGCUUCGGGUAUACACCUGAUAAGCCACUCCUCAGGAAUGUCGAUCUCGACGUUCAACUCGACUCUCGUAUUGGUAUCGUUGGUCCCAACGGUGCUGGUAAAACGACUGUACUUAAGCUACUGAUUGGCCAGUUGACGCCUACGAAGGGUCUUAUUUCUCAGAACCCCAGACUUAGAGUUGGCUUCUUUGCUCAACAUCACGUUGAUGCCUUGGAUCUCAACGAUAGCGCUGUCGGCUUUAUGUCUAAGAAUUACCCUGGAAAGCCCGACGAGGACUACAGAAGGCAUCUUGGUGCCUUCGGUAUCACUGGUAUGACUGGUCUACAGAAGAUGGAGUUACUCUCCGGAGGACAGAAGUCUAGGGUGGCAUUCGCAUGCUUGUCACUCCAAAACCCGCACAUCCUGGUUCUUGAUGAGCCUUCUAAUCAUUUGGAUAUUGAGGCUAUGGAUGCCUUGGCCCAGGCGCUGAAGCAGUUCCAGGGAGGUAUUCUUAUGGUUUCUCACGACGUGACGAUGCUGCAGACUGUGUGCACAUCAUUAUGGGUUUGCGACGAGGGGAUCGUGGAGAAGUUCCCUGGUGAUGUCCAGGCGUACAAGAAGAGGAUUACUGCUCAGGCCGAUGCAGCCGGUGUGGCAGCAGCGCAUUAGGGGGGUUGCACGGAUAAUUACCGUUAACCCGUUGGAAAUGGAUUGACAUUGCUAGAUAGAGAGCGGUGAGCUUUACUACAGCGUAGAGUGGUACCUGACGAUCAUAUAUGUGACCGAUGGGUUGACCAUCUACAAAAUAUCAGUAACACACAUUGAUCCCUAUCCGUGACCCCGUAAAUUUGGCAUGUGCCCCUAUUUUGACGAUGAUGUGCUGUACUGUACGGUGUGUAGCACACAGUUAAGCGACAGGGAGUAUCUGCGGAGUGACAGUCAUCGCACACAGCUUAAUGCGGUAAAUGGGAAGCUGAUAAAUUCGCGAGCAUCUCAUACGUGGUUUAUAUAAUUACUGCGGUGUCAAUACAAAUAUCUGCAUUUAUGCGUAGUAAACGUUGAAAUGC